AAAAAAAAAGUGAUAUAAAACUGGACCUUUUUUUUCUCCUAUCCGUUUUUGCUUCUCUCUUCUUUACAUAUAUCCAAGAAACAAAAAUGGUUUGCACAAAGACUUUUGAAUUAAACAACGGUAACAAGAUCCCAGCUAUCGGUUUAGGUACUUGGCAAAGUUCUGAAGAAAACGAUACUGUCUACAAGGCCAUCAAGACUGCCAUUGCUGCUGGUUACCGUCAUAUUGAUACUGCUAUGAUGUACGGUAAUGAAGUCGAAGUUGGUCGCGGUAUUCGCGAUGGUCUCAAGGAAAGCGGAUUAAAGCGUGAAGACAUCUUUGUCACCACCAAGUUGGCUACCAUUGAUGCUCGUCCCACCCAUGUUCCUCAAGGUUUCGAAGAAUCUCUUAAGCGAUUGGAUAUUGGUUACAUUGAUCUUUACAUGAUGCACUGGCCUAUUGCCAUGAACCCCGCCACUCGUCAACUUGUCCCUCUUAAACCUGAUGGUUCUCGUGAUAUUGAUGAAGAAUUACAGGGUAAAUUCGAGUUAACUUGGGGAGCUAUGGAAAAGUUAUUGGAUACUGGUAAAGUCAAGAACAUUGGUGUUGCCAACUUCUCUAUCCCUAACCUCGAACGUCUCUUGAAGACUGCCAAGGUCGUUCCUGCUGUCAACCAAAUCGAACUUCAUCCUUACUUGCCUCAAAACAAGUUGGUUGAUUACUGUACUUCUAAGGGUAUUCAUUGUACUGCUUAUUCUCCUUUGGGUUCUUCUCAAUCCACUUUGCUUCAAGACGAGACCCUCAACAAGAUUGCCAAGGCUCAUGACAAAUCUGUUGCUCAAAUCUUGAUCUCUUGGGGUGUUACACGUACCAGCGUCUUGCCCAAGAGUGUUAACCCUGAACGUAUCAAGGCUAAUAUCGAUGUUGUGACAUUAAAUGAUGAAGAAAUUCAAGCCAUUAACAAUAUUUCCAAGACUACUACCAAGCGUUUUGUUAGACCUGCUUGGGGUGUUCCUGUCUUUGAUGAAGACUUUGAAUAAUUUAUUAUAUAUAAUCCCUUUUCUUUCUUUUCUGUGUACAUUAUGCAU